AAAAUGCCCAAAAAAUAAAAGCAGGAGUGGGCCAGCCAACUGCUGUGGGAAGUUAGUCUCCGUAUUGUGCGCAUGUGUAGCAUGUAUCAUUUCUCCAGGGUUUGGCCAUGCCGACCAUCAGCGUGAAGCGGGACUUGUUAUUUCAGGCUCUGGGGCGAACGUACACUGAUGAAGAAUUUGAUGAACUGUGCUUUGAAUUUGGUCUGGAGCUGGAUGAAGUGACAUCUGAAAAAGAUAUAAUAAGCAGAGAACAAGGAGAUGGAAAGGCAGAUGGGGCAUCGGAGGUGGUACUAUAUAAAAUUGAUGUACCAGCAAAUCGCUAUGACCUCUUAUGUUUGGAGGGAUUGACCCGUGGAUUGCUGGUCUUCAAGAACAGAAUUGAAGCUCCAAGGUACACACGAGUGGGACCACUAAAUGGAGACAUGGAGAAAUUAGUGAUCACUGAAGAGACAGCACAGGUCCGACCCCAUGCUGUAGCGGCUGUUCUUCGCAAUAUAACGUUUACCAAGGAUCGCUAUGAUAGUUUCAUUGAGCUGCAAGAAAAACUACAUCAGAACAUCUGCAGGAGGCGAGCUCUUGUUGCUAUUGGAACCCAUGACCUGGAUACAGUAUCUGGACCCUUCAGUUAUACAGCACAGCCACCCUCAGCGAUUAAGUUCAAACCUUUAAACCAGUCAAAAGAAUACACUGCAAUUGAACUUAUGGAUCUUUAUAGGACCGACAGUCACCUCCGCCAUUAUUUACACAUUAUUGAGGAUAAACCAGUUUACCCAAUUAUCUACGACAGCAACGGCAUAGUUCUUUCCAUGCCCCCUAUCAUAAAUGGGGACCACAGUAAGAUAACACUCAACACACGGAAUGUUUUUAUCGAAUGCACGGCAACUGAUCGCACUAAAGCAAAAAUAGUGCUGGACACAAUUGUCACAAUGUUUAGUGAAUAUUGCGAGAAACCAUUUACAGUUGAGGCAGCUCAAGUGAUUUAUCCAAAUGAAGACAUGUAUACUUACCCUGAAAUGGGAUACAGAAAAGAAAUUCUAAGUACAGACUUUAUUAAUAAAAGAAUUGGAAUCAGGGAAACACCAGAUUCUCUUGCCAAGCUGCUGACUCGGAUGCACCUGACGUCAAAGGUGAUAGAGAACGGAGCACAAAUAGAAAUUGAAAUCCCCCCGACGCGAGCAGAUAUCAUCCAUCCGUGUGACAUUGUGGAAGAUGCAGCAAUAGCAUUUGGUUACAACAAUAUCAAGAUGACAUUACCCAAAGCCUACACUGUGGCUAAUCAGUUUCCAUUGAACAAAUUAUCUGAGUUGCUGAGACAAGACAUGGCUGCUGGGGGAUUCACAGAGGCUUUGACCUUUGCACUGUGUUCUCAGGAUGACAUUGCUGACAAGCUGAGCAAGGAUCUGGCAAAGACGAGAGCAGUACACAUAGCCAAUCCCAAAACGGCUGAAUUUCAGGUAGCUCGCACCACUCUCCUCUCUGGUCUGCUCAAGACAGUGGCAGCAAAUAGGAAAAUGCCUCUACCUCUGAAACUGUUCGAAAUUUCGGAUGUUGUUCUGAAAGAUCCUUCCAAAGAUGUUGGUGCGAAGAAUGAAAGACGACUCUGCGCUUUGUAUUACAACAAAAAUCCUGGCUUUGAGGUGAUCCAUGGCUUGCUGGACCGCGUAAUGCAACUUCUUGACCUGAAACCGGGAAAGGAGAGCGGAUACUACAUGCAGGCUGCAGAGGAUUCCACUUUCUUCCCGGGUCGCUGUGCGGAGAUCUUUGCUCUAGGUGAGAGCAUAGGCAAGCUGGGAGUUCUUCACCCUGAUGUUAUCACCAAAUUUGAACUGACCAUGCCCUGCUCCGCGCUGGAGAUUGAUAUUGAGCCGUUUCUUUGAAGGAUGAGACUUCUCCUUAGUUCUUAUCACACUUUAGUGUCAUUCAGCCUUUCUGUACUAAGAGCAGCUCAUGACACUAUUCAACUGUAAAGAGAAAUAUUUAAUAAGGCAAAGGAUCCUGUGUCUGCUUAGUCCUUAAAUAUGGUUUCCAUAAUGUAAUUUUCUUCAUUUGCUUGGAACAUUGUAGUAUGGCCUUUAGCAUAAAUUACCAAAACCAUGAAUAUAUGAAAUAGCAAUCAGGUGCAACAUAAGUAUAACAUGAGACCAAGCAAAAUCAUUAAAACUGAAAUGUUGACGUA